AUGAUCGCGGUCACUCCCACUCCUUCACAACCGACGCCCGACGUCCCGUUCUUCACCCCUCGUCAAGAUCCGCCCACUGGGACUGCUCUUCCGGAGGAUGGCAAAAACAUUGCUGCGGCCUUCCGGCCACUGACGAUCCGCGGCACGACCUUCAUCAAUCGUAUUUUCGUAUCACCGAUGUGUCAAUACUCUUGCCGUGACGGCUUCUUGACGGAUUACCACGUUGCACACUAUGGUCAAUUCGCCAUCCGCGGUGCAGCACUCGUCACGAUCGAAAUGACAGCCGUCACCCCGUCCGGUCGCAAUACACCACAAGACAGUGGAUUGUACUCCGACGAACACAUCGCACCCCUCAAACGCGUGGCGGACGUGAUCAAGUCACAGGGUAAACAAGUAGCUAUCCAACUCGGUCAUGCAGGACGUAAAGCGAGUGUGCAACCACCCUGGAUCGGAUUGGACGUCGUAGCAGAUUCAGACGGUGGGUUCGCGGCUGAAGUCAAAGGUCCGACGGAGGAGGGUUGGAAUGGGAAUUAUGCGAAGCCGGGUGCGUUGAGUGUAGCGGAAAUCAAAGAAAUCGUGGAAGCGUACGGGAAGGCCGCGGCGAGGGCCGUGAAGGCUGGGGUGAGGAUUAUCGCUGUUCAUGGUGCACAUGGGUAUUUAAUCCACUCGUUCGCUAGUCCGGCGACGAAUACCCGGGGAGACGAGUAUGGCGGCACCUUUGAGAAUCGGGUGAUGUUUGGGUUGGAGAUCGUCAAGUCUAUCCGCGCCAAUAUCCCCAAAGACGCUUUGUUGUUUUGGCGGAUUAGUGCGGUUGACUGGUUAGAACCGGGGGAAGGGUGGGAGAUCGAGGAUACGGUACGGUAUGCGGCGAUGCUACGCGAUGCCGGGGUCGAUUUGUUGGAUGUCUCCUCAGGCGGUACGGAUCGGCGGCAGAAAGUCCAGUUGAGUCCGGGGUAUCAAAUACCCUUCGCCGAAGCCGUCAAACGCGCCGUACCGGGACUCUACGUUUCCACCGUCGGCUGGAUCCGAGAUGGGGUGAUGGUGAAUGAGAUCAUUGAGAAAGAGAAGGCGGAUGUGGUUAGUAUUGCACGGGAGUUCUUGCGUGAUCCCAAUUUUGUGUAUCGGGUGGCGAGGGAGGUGGGACAGAAGGUCAAGUGGUUGGAUCAGUAUCAUCGGGCGCCGUAUGGGGGGGCGAAUGUUGAGAGUACGACCGUGAUUUCAACGGAGGUGGAGGUUCAUAGGGAUGUGAUUCGGGAGCAUGAGAAGCAGGUUGGGAAUAAGUACGCGAACUAG